GGGCAGCCUGAAGGCAGAAGACCUUGUCCUGUACCACGAGAACAAGGAGCAACUCGGCAAGCCCCAGAAGCACAAGUUCUACAAUGAGGGAUUGUGGGAGAUUGAGAACAAUCCCGACUGGGACCCAAACAUUGUAACCCCCGCAUCAGUAUCGCAGCUUGCCCACACGCUCACCCCCAAGACGCCCUCGUCCACCAAGAAGACGCCAUCCACCGCAGCGUCCACGGGGACGGCAGACGAGGCGUCCAACAAACGCAAGCGCGUGGACGCGCCUGAAGGCGGGGAGCCGCCCACCAAGAAGGCCGCCAAGGAGGUGAAGCAGGCGGCGGCAGACGGAGCAGGCAGGCUGCAGGCGGCAGCUGAUGAGGAGGCCAGAGGCUGCCUGGAGACCUGCAAGUCUAAGACGCUGGACAUGGAGGCCCGCCUGCUGGACUAUGACCAUCAUUAUGACCAUUACUGCCAUGAGCAGGACGCUGGACAUGGAGGCCCGCCUGCUGGACUAUGA